CCUCUUGCUUUUGAGGUUGCCAGAGAUUCGCGGUUAGAUUGCACCGCUCGGGCUCUCCGAAACAGGCCUGGUCCCGAAACUCCGACAUUCCCCAGAUAACCCAGCGAGACUUGACCUCUACAUGCAAUCCGGGUCUGCUCCACGGCCCUUGAAAAUGAUUCUAUGUCGUCGAUGCCAAAUGUUUACGGUGGCACAUACUGAUAUGGUCCGCUGGGCAGAAUGAUCGCAUCUAGCGAGUCACCCUCACCGCUGCCGUCUUUCACCCAGCAUCGCAAAGAGAAUCGCAGUACCAGACCGCCUCCACCGGAACUCUGCCUCGAAGCCGAUAACGACUCCGUACCCAAUAAAGAUCACUUCGAAGACCUUCGAGGGCGAAUUUUGGCGACCGUCGCCGCAGACAAUCUGAAUGGAGGAAUGAUGAUGGCGCAACUUCAAGCGGAACCGCAGCAGGUUGUUGGGACAGAGUCUCCGAGGAACCGCGAUAUGCAUGAUGGAGUACAACCUGACGGAAGAAAUAUGAUGCAUGUGGAUGUGGAUAAACUUGAGAGGGAAGCUGUUCUCCAGUCAGCUGGUAGUGUGCUGGGGGAUCUCACCACGCCCUUGGAUUCUCACUCUGCGCCGGUGGCGGGCGAGGACAAGAUAACCGUUGCUAAACGACGCAGAGAGGCCCCUCACGGCUCACCAAGAGCUCGCGGUAGAUCCGUUGGUGUGGACGCUGAAUUUUCCACCACAAGCCAGGAUUCGUCGAGAGUGAGUAAUGGGCUAUCGGAUGUGCAUGCAGGGACAGAUAUAGAGGAAAAGGAUACCGACAACGGUUCAGCACUUGGGCUAGGGCUUGUGUCCCCGACUCUUACAGAAAAUGGAGUGGAAGCCGCUGCAGUUCCAUCGUUGCAAGAUGACCGCUUCCCAGAUGUCAAUGGAAGUCCAAGCCGGCCUCGGCGAGAAUCAUCUCCAGGGCGAAUUCGUGAGAGAGAAAAGGUCUUGAAGCUCUCCCCGGAAAAGAUACAAGAACUCACAUCAUCGCCUGAGUCAAUCCCUUACCGUAAAGUGUCACCAGAUCACCAUAAGGGACAAGGGGACAUUCACGAUACACCGUCUUUGCCAUCGCGAACAGUACAAUACGGAUUACAGGGGGAACACAUCCCCUCCAAACGGCCACCGGAGGAGGUGAGGACACCAGACAACAGAGCCUGGCAGACAAAGAGUAGGAAGGAAAUUCAUCUCGAUGAACCUCCUGAAUUUUUCGCUUCGGUCGCGCAAGGUUCUUCGACUGUUCGACAUCGUCCACAUACAACGCGGACGAUUUCGACCCCAGCAUCCACACGCCAACGGACCUCGUCAGUGGGCAAUGAACGUCCCGCUCAUAAUUGGACGCAACGGUCGAAGCAUGACCGAUCAGCGCCCAAUCGAAUUGAUAUCGAGCACAAAAAUAACCUCCUUCCUUCAUACAUCGCCGACCCUAAUCCAUCACCGAUGCCCCAGACAAUUCCACUUCCCCCGCUCUCCAUACCCACGUACCUUCAGUUAGAACUUUCUUCCAGUCGGCCCUCUCCGUUGUAUAUCCAUCGGUCUGUGGCGAGCGACUUUCCUUACGAAUCUUCUCGAGUUAAAAUCGAGAGAUUGCAGAAUUUCUUUAUGCUACCUCCAAUCCUAGAGCAGGUACUCUGGUUCGGUGCCUUGGCGUGUCUCGAUUCGUGGCUGUACUCUUUCACGAUACUUCCUUUACGUUUCAUCAAGGCUCUUUAUAUACUGGCACAUUCAUGGGCCGUCAACCUUUAUGCGGAGGUUCAAUUUAUCUCCGGGUUCGUCAUCAAAGGCGUUGGAAGAGUAUGGCGACGAAGAAGAGAAGCUGCUUCUGCAAAGCUAUCUGAGCAACGAGGCAGAGAAGACGAACCACCCUCGAGAAGCGUAUCUGCCAGCUCCUCUGCGAAACAAGAUACCUCUCUGUCAGACCGGGAGACGAAACCUCGAUCUAACAUACCGCAACCGGAUCAUGCGCGGCGCCUAGGGCGACCUGGUAACACGAGGCAUCGCAGGCAGAAGUCGAUCCCAUCUGCGUUGCUACCAGAUGACAAAGCUGAUAUUCUAAAGGGGCUACUUAUGAUCGCUACCUGUUGUGUUCUCAUGUUUUUCGAUGCCAGUAGGGUAUAUCACUGGAUCCGAGGCCAGGCAGCCAUCAAGCUCUACGUCAUCUAUAAUGUUCUGGAGGUCAGUGACCGACUUCUAUCUGCCAUAGGACAAGACGUUCUGGAGUGUCUUUUCUCCCGUGAGGCCCUAGAGCGGAAGCCCGAUGGAAGGAGUAAAGUCUUUCGACCAUUCUGGCUAUUCCUGAUUGCGCUGGCGUAUACCGUCAUUCACGCGAUUUCUCUCUUCUACCAGGCCAUCACGCUUAAUGUAGCGGUGAAUUCUUAUUCGAACGCUCUGAUCACUCUUCUACUUUCGAAUCAGUUCGUUGAGAUCAAAUCGACCGUAUUCAAGAAGUUUGAGAAGGAAAACCUCUUCCAGCUCACCUGUGCAGACGUUGUGGAGCGAUUUCAACUCUGGUUGAUGCUGAUCAUCAUUGCAUCCCGGAACAUUAUCGAGACAAGGGCGUUUAAUUUCUUUGGCACGAUAGGGCCGGGUUUUAGCAAUGGUCCCUCUGCAAGUACGAACAGCACGCCAGUUUCAACACCGCCACGGUCCUCGUCAUCGAUUCUUCCCCAAUCGUUUACCAUAUUCCCGUCCUCUCUGUUUUCAUCCCUCACUGGAGCAAAUUCGUUCUUGACCAAUCUGGGCCAAUUGCUCGGACCAUUCCUCGUGGUCUUGGGUUCCGAGAUGCUUGUGGAUUGGCUGAAGCAUGCUUACAUCAACAAGUUUAACAACACUCGUCCAGCAAUCUACAGCCGCUUCCUCGACGUUCUGGCCAAGGAUUAUUACACGAACGCCUUUGCUGACCAGAACCUGACUCGACGACUGGGUUUACCUGUUAUACCUCUGUCCUGUCUCUUCUUCCGUGUUUCUGUGCAAACGUAUCAGAUGUUUCUUGCGGCGUGGUUGCCCCAGCUUCCGCCGUCUACUCCAUCAGAUACAACGUCUCUUUCGUCGAUACACAGACACUAUGCUCCUUCUCCAUCACCAUCCGUGACACCAUUCACGCUCAAAACUGCAAUUCCGAAUACCAUCAACCAUAUAACAAGUCUCUUUCAGUCUGUCAUCGCUAAUGCCACACCGUCUCCCGCAAGAUCGGUCCCAGUCUUCACGGUUAUCAUCGUCCUCACAUGCUACGCUGUACUCCUGAUCUUCAAACUCGCUCUUGGCAUUUGUCUGCUAUCUUUUGCGCGGUCAAGAUAUAAAGCCAUGAAGGUCAGAGAACAGGAUGAAUUCUACCGAUCGGCAAACAGUAACACGGGACAGAAAUCUUCGCAAGGAAAUGGCCCCUCUUCGUCCCGGGGUCGCGAGUUCGUCGUUGAAGGCGGAAGACGCCUUGGCGGAUGGGGAGUAGUCGAGGUCGAUGAUGACAAAAAGCGAUGGAUCUACGCGGAUGACCCGGAAGGACUGAAGAAAGUGAGGGAAAGAGAAGAGAGAGAUAAGUCUGGCAAAGAUACCGGAGGUGAUAUCGAAGGAGUGAAAAGAUACGAAAUGGUCGCAAAGAGGAUAUGGUGAGUCGUAUCUCUGGUUGCAUUUUCACGGAAUUCUGUCAACAGUAAAGAGACCAGUUUGUGUCAUGUAUGUACUAUACUUUCUCUCAUAGAGAACAUAUCAAUCAUCUGCGUCGUGUUCUGCCAUGGCGACUCGUUCAUUUACAGAUAUUUUCUUUUGCCGAAGAAAAUUCGCGGGAACCUUAUAUCGGAUCCCCAUCCAUAGCCAG